CAUCCUGGCAAACAGCAAUUAAAGCUGAUUUAGGAGCAGUGGGACAGACGGGGAAGCGGGUCAUGACGCCGCCGUAUGUUUGACCCAAAGUGUCGCAUGCGCAGAACCGACACCGACACCGACGGCUGAACGGCGUUAACGGAGACACGUAGCGAUGAACAUGUUACCUUUAAUAUCAGGAUAACAGCUCAGGUGUGUGGUUUAUUGAGGCGAAUGGGGCAGCCUGACCCUGCUGCUGUGGAAACAAGAUGAUCAAAAACUGGGGCGUCAUCGGUGGGAUAGCUGCUGCCAUCGCCGCCGGAGUUUACGUCCUGUGGGGUCCGAUAAGUGACAGAAAGAAGAGAAAAAGAGGUAUGGUUCCUGGUCUGUUGAACCUGGGCAACACCUGCUUCCUGAACUCUUUGCUUCAGGGCUUGGCGGCGUGUCCGUCCUUCGUCAGGUGGCUGGAGAAGUUUUCUGGCUCGCCUGUGAUCCAGUCGUGCAAAGACAACCAGCUGUCCUUAACUCUGCUCCAGCUCCUCAAAGCUCUGUCCAGCGAGGAGCCGGGGGACGAGGAUGUGCUCGACGCCGGGGGCCUCCUGGAUGUUCUCAGACUGUACCGAUGGCACAUCAGUUCGUUUGAAGAGCAGGAUGCACAUGAACUGUUCCACGUCCUAACAUCUUCUCUGGAGGAGGAGCGGGAUCGUCAGCCCAAAGUCACUCACUUCUUUGACAUGCAGUCCCUCGAGAGUCUCCCCGAUCAAGAUGAGAAAACGAUGACCUGCAGAAGUCGAGCCCCUCUUCAUCCAAUUCCAAAUCCGUGGAAGUCUCAGCAUCCUUUUCACGGUCGAUUAACAAGCAACAUGUCAUGCAAGCGCUGCGAGCAACAAAGUCCUGUACGAUACGACUCGUUUGAGAGCCUCUCCCUUUCCAUCCCUUUACCUCAGUGGGGUCGCCCCAUCUCUCUAGAUCAUUGUCUCCAGCACUUCAUCUCGUCAGAAACCAUCAAAGAGGUGGAGUGUGAAAACUGCACCAAGCUUCAACAAGGGAGCACAGUGAACGGACAAGUCCUGGAAAACCAGAGGACGACGUUUGUAAAACAGCUUAAACUGGGAAAACUCCCCCAGUGCCUCUGCAUCCAUUUACAGAGACUGACCUGGUCCAGUGAAGGAACGCCCAUCAAACGACAGGAGCAUGUGCAGUUCACAGAGUACCUCUCCAUGGACCGCUACAAACACAACGUUUCUACACAGAAGAUCCAGAGGCUCAAAUGUGCACCGAUCACCGCCAAGGCAGAAACUUCAGACGAGUCCGACGAAAAGCCCACGGCCAACGGAACAGACGCAGAGCAUCGCAACAACAACAACACACCUUUCACUAACGGGACCUGCUCAUCUGGAUUCCUUCACUCUCCUGUGGUGAGCCCACAGCUCGGUCUCACCUAUGACUGCAGUUCUGCAGAGUAUCUCUUCCAGCUCACGGCCGUGCUGGUCCACCACGGCGACAUGCACUCAGGACAUUUCGUAACGUACCGCCGCAGCCCCUCCCGGCCCCGCAGCCCCUCCCCCUUCUGCUCUCAUUGGCUGUGGGUGUCAGACGACUCGGUACGAAAAGCGAGCCUGCACGAGGUGCUGUCCUCGAGCGCUUACAUGCUCUUCUACGAGAGAGUGCGAAGACUGAACCUCCCUCUCUGCCCAGAGGAGUGACCACGACGAGCUCACGACCUCGCAGCCUUUUCCAGUCACCGUGCAGUUACCGACAUGUGGAUUAUGACUUUCUCACAACCAGACCAGACAGGAAACGCAUCGCUGAGUUAUUCCAUGAUAACUUUGCGUCAUGGAUCACUGCAACAUGAAGGUGAUUGGACUCGCAGCACCUCGCCUGUCUGCUCUGAACUAAAGGCUCGUAUCCCCAAAGAUUGUUGAUCUGCAGGAUUUUUACUCUGAUAUCUCUUUAACACAUGUAACAAUUUCUGUCGUGUAACUUUUUGGUUUCUAUGGAAGAAAACGAACAGGAACACCUGACGGUUUAGUGCAUUCCUAGCACAUAGAUUACACACGUGUGAUCAUUAUGACGAGACUUUUAUUGAGGCUGGAAUUUAAUCACAGGUAUGUCACGUUAAUGACAUAAAAGGAAAAUCUUUUUUAUUAGCCCCUCGAAUGACCUCCUCUUAUCUGCAGAGGGAGCAGAUCCUCCAUCAUGUUUAACUACAGCAAACAAAGAAAAGAUGGAUUCUAGAGCAGGGCUGUCAAGAAACCUGGAUUUCAAGCGUUGUUAUGAUGAAACUCAAACAAUAUAGGAACCAGUUUUGAUACCAUGGAAACCAAAUUAGAAGUCGUAGGCACCACGUUUUGGGUGAUUUCUUGUUUUUAAUCAUGAAAAAAUUGCAGGCCAACUUUUGCACAAUGUCUAAAUUGCACAAACACAUUGGUACCAAUAUGUUGCCUUUGUAAUCGUGCAAUUUGGACUUUGUGACCUCCCCUGCUUUCUGUCCGCCUGUAAGAGACUUCAUCGUGUUUUCCGACCUGUGAAUUUAAACGUACCAGCGUUGCUCUCUCCUCUCUGGUUGCAACUUUGCGUUCAGUCAAAUUCACCAUCUGUUGCUGUUUAAAGCUUCUGAUGCGUGAUACCGUGACCAUUACAAUAAUGUGGACAGAAUCAUUUUAAAACGCUUUAAUCAGAAAGGUAUCAACGUAUGGACAACCUCAUUCUAGAGAUUGUGUUUUUAGCACGUUUUGAAGCUAACGCCGAUUCCUUCACUCGCUGCGAGGGAGCGCUGUGUGAAGGGAGCUGUAACCAGUUUGUUGGUAAUCUGCAAACUAGCUGUUGAAUGUCCCUUCUUUUUCCACUCUGACCCCUGAAGGUGUUCCUGUUGUUUUUCCCUCUGCCUGUACAUCACAGCUGCAAACAGACGUAGCUGAUUAGGAAUUCUCUGAUAUGUCAUGUAGAAGUUGUUACAUAUUUUUUAAAAUAGGUACAAUUAUCUGAUCUGAUUUGUCUAAUCAUGCCGUGUAGGAAGUGGGAUGUUGUUCAUAAACAGACUCGAUCAUUUCCUGUGUUUCCAGCAGUGACCCCUCCUCUGUGGUGAUUUGCAGCGAUGCACAGUUGAGGUUAAAAGUGCCAUGUUGUCUCUGAUCUUGAGAUUUGCACUUUAUAUUACAGUAUGCUAAUGAGAUGGUAACAGUGAGGUAAUCAUGUGAUAAUAAAGAUAAAGAAUACAUAUGAUGCCCUUUAUUGUCCCCUUGGGGAAAUUUGUCUUGGACUCAGGCCUCAUCCACAAGUUUUCUCUGCGUUUUGGUCUUUCAUAAGCAACUUUUAGGUCACUGAAAACGCACCUUUUGUAAAACUCCUCCCAGGGUGAAGAUGUUCAGAAACUCAGUUUAAGGCGUUCCUGUGUAGACGAGGAAAACACAGUUUUGUUCUUGUAAGGUCACACACAUGAAAUCAGUGCGAUAGCAGACGUAACCAAACAUGUUCUCCCGCUAUGUUGAGGAGCAGAGGCGCCUGAAUGGACGACUUUGUAAAUUAAAUGUUCAUUGCAGAGGAAUGGCGAGAACAUGUCAGGACAUGGUUUUUUGACUCAUGACAGCUGUAACAGAGCGUUUUGCGUUUCCCUGUGGACAAAGAUGUUUUUGCGAAUUUAGCGCGAGUUGACAGGAUUAUAAAUACCCGCUUACACGUGGACUAUAGGCCUCAAAGUGCUGCCAAACAUUCAGCUGCUUCCAAUAGAAUCAAUCAGUUAAAAACAAUAGAAAAACACAUCCACAUGUGAACAGAAAGGCAACUCAACACAUAUUAGCACAUUACCCAUAUUACAGAAUAUCUACAAUAAGAAACACAGCAUGAUGAGAGAUGAGAUAACAAAAGGUGUUUUUGGACACUUCUAGAGACUUUUUGUGCAGAGAACUAUCCACGAGGGAGUUCCCUGAGAACUACACACCAUGGGGACUUGUUCUGUCUGCAGUCGCAGCGCCCAUGGUACCAACUCUGAAGCAGGAGCUCAAAAGGUUCUAGGAACUUAAAAAGUCGAUAGUUCCUGCGGUGCGGAAUCAAUAAAAAGAGACGGGGAGGGUUACAUCCAGUGGUGUAGGGCAGGUAUACGCACUUCUAAAUUUCCUCUGAUUCCCACCAAUGAUUGACUGACUAUAUUCAGUAGUAUGCAGCAUUUUGUUCCUAAGAUGGUGCACACUAACUAAAUCUGGAAGAAUAGUCUUACAUGUCAGUGUUUGUUAUAGAGGACGUUUAUACUCUGCUUGGCGGACUCUUGGGUGUAAAUGUGUACCCACUUCUUCAGGCACCACUACACCACUGGUUACAACAGUUUCGGAAGAAUAUGGAAACAUUUAGGAACACCAUGACGCUAUCUCACCACCAUCACAGCCUUAGGAAACAUUAUUCAGAAUUUAGAUUGACGUGGGAACAAAAUAGUUUUUGAAGCCGUUCAGUUGACAUUGAGGGACUUGAUAAUGUGUAUACCUUUGUUUUUUGAAUUAUUACCCUGACAUACACAUUAUCAUGUGGUUACAUACAGUAGCUAUCACUUUGGUCAUAACGUAUGUCUCACCUCACUGUUACCCUCUGAUACAGCUCUUCAUGCUGUAACAUGAAGAGCUCCUGAGAUAUUGAACACACAAAGCGACGUGUAUUACCGUGAAUGUCAAAGUAUAAUGAUGAUGAUGAUGAUGAUGCAGUCGAACCAGUCAGUCAGCGUUGUGUUGAAUUCAAACCUGUUUAUGAAGCCACAGUUUGACUGCAGGUUCAUGGGGCAGGUUAUCCUGAGAUUCAACCAAAUCGGGCGAGUCUCGUUGACAAAUUUGGCCCCCGGUGCAAAAUUCCUUGUUAAUGUUUGCAAUUUGCACUGAUGAUGUAUAUUCCUGUGAGAUGAUGUGUGUUUGUGUACAAUCUGUGAAGGUGAUUGUUUUCAGGUAUUAAAACUAGUAAAACAAA